GAUUCGCUUCUGGUUGCUCCUCGUUCGUUUCCUCGCUGCCCAUUCUUCCCAGAUAUUUUUUUCUUGUCAUCCUCCUCCUGUGGGUUUGAUUUGGGAGACUGCUCCAUCGGGCACGGCUCCGAUCUCUUUUUCCCUUCCCGGAUCGCCGGGAUCAGUAUUUGACUUUCGUCAAGAAGGAUAAAUCAGAAGGAAUGCUGGAAGAUGUGCUUCUGUGCUAGAGAGCUACCUUGUGUGGGAAUUGGCAGGGUAGCUCAAAAUAUUUAUGCUUUGUGUGCUCUUGAUGACACUGGAGUACAGUUGUAUGCACGAGUACUCCUUGUGCAUUUGCACUAUGGGGCUAGAUGUGGCAGUUCAACCAUCAUGUUAGAUUACCAUCUUGUUGGGGACGGUUGAAAUCAUUUGUCAUCUAUUGCCUCCUCAUCAUCUGAGUGCCCCUCAUCAAUCAUUAUUGCCCAAGUUACAAGAUUAGUGCUUUCUGAGUGCAUAUGGUAUCUAAUAAGAUGGUAGAACAGAAAGGGAAUAUUUUGAUGAAGAGAUAUGAGAUAGGAAAAUUACUUGGUCAAGGAAGCUUUGCUAAAGUUUACCAUGGCCGUAAUGUUAAGAACUCACAAAGUGUUGCCAUCAAGGUGAUCGACAAAGAAAAGAUCUUGAAAAGUGAGCUUAUGGACCAAAUAAGGAGAGAGAUUUCAGUGAUGAACCUAGUGAGGCAUCCAUGCAUCGUUCAAUUGUAUGAGGUGAUGGCUACCAAAAGCAAGAUAUAUUUUGUCCUAGAGUAUGUGAAGGGGGGAGAAUUAUUCAACAAGAUUCGGCGUGGAAGACUAAAGGAAGAAGUUGCACGAAAGUACUUCCAGCAGUUAAUUAGUGCUAUUGACUUUUGUCAUAGUAGGGGGGUCUAUCAUCGCGAUCUAAAGCCUGAAAACCUUCUUCUUGAUGAGAAUCGCAAUUUAAAGAUCUCAGACUUUGGUUUGAGUGCAUUUGCAGAAUGUAAGAGGCAAGAUGGGUUGCUCCACACAACUUGUGGUACUCCUGCAUAUGUUGCUCCAGAAGUGAUUAAUAGAAAAGGAUAUGAUGGUGCAAAAGCUGACGUUUGGGCUUGUGGAGUGAUCCUUUAUGUAUUGUUGGCUGGUUAUCUUCCUUUUCAAGACAAAAAUGUGAUGAACAUGUAUAAGAAGAUAUGCAGAGCAGAACUCAAAUGGCCAAGCUGGUUUCCUUCUGAUGUCCGAAAGCUUUUGCGGCGUAUUCUUGAUCCAAACCCUACUACACGUAUCUCUGUUUCUGAGAUUAUGGAAAAUCCUUGGUUUAGAGUAGGUCUUGAUUCAGAUCUACUUAACAAGACCAUACCAACAGAGGAUGUUAUUCCUGUUCAUAUGGAUUCAACCUCCGAUCACUUUACCAAGAAUACAAAUGAAGAAAAACAAGCAGCAGAAAACCUCACUAGCUUAAAUGCUUUUGAUAUUAUUUCUCUUUCAUCUGGAUUUGAUCUUUCUGGUAUGUUUGAGGAUGACAACAGUAAGGAGGAACCAAAAUUUACAUCUACCAACACAGUUGUGACAAUCACGAAAAAGCUUGAGGAUGUUGCAAAGAGCUUACAACUAAAAUUUUUGAAGAAAAGUGGUGGGUUGUUGAAGAUGGAAGGUUCAAAACCAGGAAGAAAAGGUGUAAUGUCCAUCAAUGCUGAGAUAUUUCAGAUUACACCUAAUUUUCAUUUAGUGGAAUUUACGAAGACAAACGGUGAUACCCUUGAGUAUCAAAAGGUCAAACAAGAAAUGAGGCCAGCACUGAAAGAUAUUGUUUGGGCUUGGCAAGGUGAGCUGCCACAACCAUUGAAUGAACAAUUAUAAUCUUAAUCUGAAGUAUUCUGACGGGUGAAAUGGGACUAGAGAUUGUGGCAAUGGGUUGUAUCUCCUUGCUAGAGUCAAUAAUGUACCUUUUUCUAAUUAUUUAGUAGUUUAAUUUUUCAUUAUCAUGUUUUUAGUAUAAAAAGAUAUUUCUAUUGACCAUUUAAUUGAAAGCAUGUUUUAUUCAAAUUUCCUUUGG